AUGUGUUCACAGUUGGUGAAUAUGCAGACGAUAAAGUGUGUGGUGGUUGGAGAUGGUGCUGUGGGUAAAACUUGCCUGCUGAUAUCCUACACGACGAACAAAUUUCCGUCAGAGUACGUUCCUACGGUUUUCGACAAUUAUGCGGUCACUGUAAUGAUUGGUGGAGAGCCAUACACAUUAGGAUUAUUUGACACAGCUGGUCAGGAAGAUUAUGAUAGACUGCGACCAUUGAGUUAUCCACAAACGGAUGUGUUUUUAGUUUGCUUCUCAGUUGUAUCACCUUCUUCGUUUGAAAAUGUCAAAGAAAAGUGGGUACCAGAAAUUACUCAUCACUGUCAAAAGACACCAUUUUUAUUGGUAGGAACUCAAAUAGAUUUGCGAGAUGAUGCUGCGACUAUUGAGAAGCUCGCAAAAAAUAAACAAAAGCCAAUUACCGGUGAACAGGGUGAAAAAUUGGCAAAAGAAUUAAAAGCUGUUAAAUACGUGGAAUGUAGUGCAUUGACUCAGAAAGGGCUGAAGAAUGUGUUUGACGAAGCAAUUUUGGCAGCGCUUGAACCGCCUGAGGUUGUGAGAAGAAAAAGGUGCGUUAUUUUGUAG